AUGGGUAAGCUGGACAAGCUCACGCGAGUGGAGGCCGAUCUAGUUGGGGCUGAGACGCUGACCGAGUCCAAACGAACUGGUCGGGUUGUGGAUGGAAUGUCAGCGACGGUCACCUCUACCCAUGCCACCGUGGUAGAAACGGGCAUGACAGUCAACCAAGUGAAUGUGCGCGUCAAUGAGGUGCAGGAGAUGCUUGGCACCUUGCUGGUUUCGGUCAAGGAGAACAAGCAGGAAAGCACUGAGGAUCGUGAGAAGGCACUGCAAGAACAUGUCAGCAAGACUCUCCGGCCAUCAAAGACUGAUUAUGCUCAGGACUGGUAUGAUAAGAUCAAUAAGGCUCGUAUACCGGGAACCGGAGAUUGGGUUAGAGAUGAGCGUAUCUUCAACGAGUGGCAUGACAAGCAUAUGCCAGUUAUGUUUAUAUCAGGCAAUCCUGGAGCUGGAAAGUCAUACAUCGUGGCCAAUAUGAUCAACCGUCUUCACGAAUUGCAUCCUCAGGGCGUUCAAAACACGUCGCUUACGUCUGUAGGAUUUUUCUUUUUCAAGGACGACAAUCCGGGCACGAGGUCAUUCCACCAGGCUCUGCGAGACCUCGCCUUGCAAAUCAGCAAAAACGAUCCUGUGUAUUUGAAACACCUCGCCACUAUUGCAAAUUACGAGAUGAUUAGCACACUCGAGAGCGCAUGGAGACUCCUGUUUGUCGAUUACUUCGUUAAAAAGCCCAACGCCGACAGCGACGUGUAUAUACUAUUAGAUGGCGUGGAUGAAGCAUUCGACGAAGAGCGGAGGACAUUCUUCAGUUUGGCAAAAGACCUAUACGACUCUGCUGAGAAGUCACACCUGCAGCUUGCUGUUAUUGGUCGACCUCACAUAAGCGACCAGUUGCUGGAAGGUCUAGAGCUGGAGGUACCAACAAUUCAUGUCACGACGCAAAAGAACUCUAGAGAUAUAAACCAGUACAUCCAUGCCAGCAUCAAGAAGUCGGUGGUUCUCCGAAGAGUGUCAGCAAAAUUACGUCAGGAGAUCGUCGAAAAGCUAUCGGCGAGAGCAGAGGGCAUGUUCCUCUGGGUGAACCUCAUGCUACAAGAGCUGGUCAAGAAACGAAACGAGUCAAGUAUGCGGAAGGCGCUGGACCAAGCGCCCAAGGGUCUCAAAGAAAUGCUCCGCCACGUUCUCCUGAGCUUUUCUACUAGCUCUAAUGAGGAGGAGCUUGAGUUUCUUAAUGAGAUAUUGCUUUGGGUUACGUGUUCGAGGCAGCCCUUGACUUUAGCCGAGGUUGAGUCCAUACUCAAGCUGAAAUCACCAGAAGGGGAUGGUAUGAUCUAUCCAGAAGGAGCAUUGCGGCGCCAAUUUGCCUCCUUCUUCAGCCUGAACCGAGAGGAUGGACUCACCACAGCGGAAUUGCAAAUCAUGUCCACAAACAGGAACGGUUUGGAUGAAUCUGACGAGGAAGGAGAAGGUAGAAAUGCUGAUGAGGACGCCUUUGAGGAUGUUGAGAACUUUACGGAUUUUGAUUCUCACAAAGAGACAACGACAGUCACUUUCUGCCACGCAUCCAUUGGCGAUUUCUUCCGUGAUCAGACGGAAGGGAAGGUUUCCGAUGAGGAAAGCCAUGUCCCUGUGGGUGUCGAUUAUCUGCAUGCAAAGGCGCACGUACUCAAGACCUUCCUGAGAAUCUUUACCGAUAAGGAGUUCGCAAAAAAGGCGGACGAUGGUGAGCAUAUGCUCCGUCAUGCAGCCGAAAAUUGGGUUCAUCAUCUCCUUACCACGCAUGCGUCCGACUGUUCUCUUGAGGAUAGACGCGAUAUUGCUAAAAUGCUGCUGGUGGCGCUUACAUCCGAGGAAUCGAUCACUGGGUGGAUAGGCUAUCGGGGCUGGGUGUCGACGGAGGCGAAUAUUCGAGCCAUCCGACAGUGGUGGGAAGAUGAAGAAGUUCUGGAGUCCCUAACGCCGGAUGAACAGGAGUUCAUCUCCUCGACCAAGGAAGAUCCCAUCACUACAUUAAAGCCGGUUGUCAUGUUGUGCACGAAGAAAUAUGUCGCAGACGAUAUGUGGUUGGCUGCUCCUGUUGCUGCUGUGGUGUGGAGCUACCAGAGUCUUAUGAAAGGUAAAGAGGUCAACUUCAUCGAAAUGUUUGACCCAACGGCGGAGGAAAUCAUUGCUGCUGCUGAGUUUGGAGAUUUUGAAAAGAAUGCGCUUUGGUAUCGCAGGUGUGCCAUCGUCCUGCGCCAAUUAGAAUAUUUUGAUCAGGCAUUGGAUUACUUCUCUAAAGCAGUGGAACUGGCGCCUGACAUGUGGCUGUGCAAAGCUGGCAUGGCCAUCGUAUAUUCAAUGAAAAAGGAAUGGCAGAAGGCCAUUGACCUUGACGAGGAAGUCGUACAGACCUUAUCAGCACAGAUUGAAGCAAAUGAGGAAGACUCGGGACUCAGAGCGAGUAUCCACACGAGUCUAGAACGCCUUGGCGACUCCUAUCAGCAGCUUGGGAAUCUAGAAAAGCGAUUUGAGGCAUAUAAGAGGGCACAGGCACUAACCCCCUAUUGCAACACGUGUAUCAAUGUGCUUCUCGAGCAUUAUGGCACAAAGCACGAUCAUGAAGCCACCAUAGACUUGCUCCAGACCUUAGCCGACACACCGGUUCCGGACGAAGACUUUUCAAGGUUGACACAGUCGUUGUGGGACAACCCCGAAGAAGACACGCGUUACUUUGUGCUCGCUGCAGAUGCGGCAUUGGCUACCGAUAACCUCGAUUUCAUGGUGGAGUCAUGGCGUACUGCAGCCCGCGCAGCUAGGAAGGCCUCUAAGACGGUGACAGCCACCCAGCUCGACAUGUCCCUUGCUCGAAUCUACAGUGAGUUCCUUCAUGACCAGGCAAAGGCAGUCAAGCGUUGGGAGAGGAUCAUGAAUACAUACGCCUCGUCGAAGGAUGAAACUGUGGUUGGAUUCGCAAAGCUGAAGGCCUCCUUUGAAUUGGCAAAACAGUUUCUCUGUGACGCGGUUGAGGCAGGAAUCGGAACCCCACAGGCGGAAGAAGCCGGAGCGAAGCUCGAGAAGCUUUGCAAACAGGUUAAGCUAAACGAUGAAUCUGUGCUUUGGACUGUUUCCAGUAUGCGUGCCAUUUGCCUAGGUAUCUACUACCGCCUGAGCGGGCGUGAAGCGGAAGCUCGGGCUCUUUUCAAACCAUCCAUCAAACGGGGAAUUGCGAUUCUGUCUGAUGAUGAUCCUGAGAACGAUAUGUUGGGAUUCUUGGACCUCCUGAAUGCCUUAGUGGCGGCUGGCGAUGUCAAAAAUGUGACCGCAGCGGCGUACCAUGAAGUCUUUGGGAAAUAUAAUGCGGACGAUCCAGAGGGGGCAACGGACAAUGAAAGCCCUGGCGACGAGGACUCCAACUGGCUGACCUGUGAUGGACCCUGUCGGAAAGAACUUCCUACGCUUGAUGAUUCCUACCAGUGCCCCAUCUGUCUAGAUACCGCAUUCUGUCCAAGCUGUGUCAGGCUGCUGGAAGAUGGGACGAUGGGUAUCAGAAAGUGCAAUCCCAAACAUGUCAAGGACUUCAUUUAUGUUCCCCCACGACCUAAGAACGUAACAUCAGGAAAGAUGCUGGUGGAUGGGCAGGAGAUAGACUUUGAAGUUUGGAAACAGGGGUUGAAGAAGGAAUGGGGCAUUUAG